UCCGAUGCUCCCCCUCCGUCUCCAGAUCUCCCCCCACCCACAUUCCCCAGCACCUGUCUUGCUCCGGUCCAUGUAGAGCACCCCGCCUUGUCGGAACCGCGAGCUCGAGGAGAGAGAGAUGGGGGCGGAGACCGGCGAGCCCAGCUCCUUCCUCAGCUUAUCUGCUGCCUUCUCCUAUGGAAUUGCAUCUAUGGCAAUGGUAUUCGUGAACAAAGCAAUUCUUAUGCAGUAUGCUCACUCAAUGACUCUUCUCACCUUACAGCAAAUAGCUACAGCACUUAUCAUACAUUUUGGUCAAAUUCUAGGAGUGUCUAAAAGAAAAGAUUUCAGUAUGGCAACAGGAAGGAAGCUUCUUCCGCUGUCGAUCUUCUACAAUGCAAAUGUUGCAUUUGCGCUGGCAAGCCUAAAAGGGGUUAACAUUCCUAUGUAUAUUGCAAUUAAAAGGCUCACUCCCCUUGCUGUACUGGUGGCUGGGUGUUUACGGGGAAAGGGGAAACCACCAACACAGGUGUCCCUUUCAGUCAUCUGCACGGCCGCUGGAGUCCUUAUUGCAGCUCUUGGAGAUUUUUCCUUUGACUUGUAUGGAUACUCCAUGGCUCUAACAUCAGUCUUCUUCCAGACAAUGUAUUUGAUUCUUGUGGAGAAAUCAGGAGCAGAGGAUGGUCUUUCCUCCGUUGAGUUGAUGUUUUAUAACAGCGUAUUAUCACUACCCUUUCUGUUUUUCAUCAUUAUAGCAACAGGAGAAUUCCCCUAUUCUCUUUCAGUACUCUCUGAAAAGACGGCCUCGCUAACAUUCAGUGCUAUUCUUCUUGUUUCGCUGGUGAUGGGUAUCGUCCUGAAUUUCACCAUGUUUUGGUGCACGAUAGUGAACUCCGCUCUGACGACAACAAUAGUAGGAGUUCUCAAGGGUGUUGGAUCUACUACCCUGGGUUUCGUUCUGCUGGGAGGUGUGGAAGUGCAUACUCUCAACGUUACUGGAUUGGUGAUCAAUACAUUUGGAGGUGUCUGGUAUUCAUAUGCGAAGUAUAUGCAGAAGAGGAAGAUGCCAAAGAGGAUUGCACCUGAUGUAGAGGCACAUCCUCACAAGUAACAUCAUUCAGUAGCUCUGAAGCAUAGAUAUAGUAGCUAUGUAGUUAAGCUUCAUUCUUUAAGCAGAUAAAUUAUUGAAAUGCCAUACCAGUUCCAAUCCAAUUUUUACCUGAACUCCCAUUCUAACAUCAGCAAAAUAGCUGGUGCAGUGAAGGAAGCUAAUUAACUUUUUUUUUUGUGAAAGACCAGUUGAUCACCUGGCUGUAGUGUACUCCAAUAUCAGUCCCAGUAAUUCAAUAGUAGUAAUACAGGUUUCGCAUGGAGUCUUUAUCUUGUA